AAUAACUGAGGCAGGGAUGCAGAACAUGGAGACUCAAUUGGGGCAGAUCUCAAGGGCUUUAUCUGAGAGGCCUCUGGGAUCCCUCCCUAGCAAUACCGAGCCAAACCCAAGAGAACAUGUUCAUGCAGUCACCUUAAGGAGUGGAAAAGAAGUAGAACCUGCUGCCACAACAAAGAAGUCCGAGGAAGUUAAAGAUGUACCUGCUGCCCGGGAGGAAGAAAAGGAGAAGGAAGAGGAGAGAGAGGUGGCAAUUGCACCAAAACAGCCCGUUCCCAUAAAAAAUUACACCCCUCCUCUCCCCUAUCCGGCGCGAUUGACUAAGAAGAAUGAUAGUGACCAGUUUGGUCAUUUUCUGAAACUCAUGAAACAAGUCCAGCUCAACAUUCCAUUCGUGGAUGCACUAGCACAGAUGCCGAAGUACGCCAAGUUCAUGAAGGAUUUACUCACUAACAAAAGGAAGUUGGAGGACGCGUCAACGGUAAGGCUUAACGUGGACUGCUCAGCUGUGAUUAGGAGGGAUUUACCAGAGAAGCUUAAGGAUCCAGGUUCUUUUACUAUACCCUGUUUAAUAGGAGAUCUUACUUUUGAUAGGGCCUUAGCUGAUUUGGGUGCAAGCAUUAAUUUGAUGCCAUAUUCUUUGUGUGAGAAGCUUGCACUCGGUCCACUUAAACCAACGCGUAUGUGUAUUCAGUUGGCUGACCGUUCAGUCAAAUAUCCUAAAGGUAUUAUUGAAGACGUGUUGGUUAAAGUGGACAAGUUUAUUAUUCCUGUAGACUUCGUUAUUUUGGACAUGAAUCGGGAUCGUGAGGUACCUUUAAUUUUGGGCAGACCAUUCUUGGCAAAUGCCUGAGCGCUUAUUGAUGUUGGAGACGGUAAGCUAGUCCUCCGUGUUGGGGAUGAGACUGCCACCUUUGAUAUGUCCAAAAUAAUGAAGAGACCCUGUCAGGACAGUGGAGAAUGUUUUUAUGUGGAUGAUAUUGAUUCUUUGGUGGAGGAUUGCACACCUAACAUGCUUUCCAAGGAAGUCCUGUUUGAUAUUUUGUUGGAAGAGAGUAUAUCAGCAGAGGAUCUUGAGCCCCUCCCUAGCUUUGAUUGUCUUAUGAUAAGUGGAGGGGAGGAUUCAAGUGAUGCUAGUUCUGAGCAAGAGACGAGAGGUAAUUUAAAUGAGGGUAAUUUUAUUCAUGACAGACUUAACCUCCCUGUUAGUUUUGCAUCCGGGCAUGAGCCAUCCCAAAAUACAGCACAUUUUCAAUAUCUUAGUGAACAAAAGGAAGCUCCAGCCCGGAAAAUUUCUGACAUGAAAGGGAGUGAUUCAUUCUUAGACCCAUUCUUUGCUAAGGGGCCUGAUAAAGGCCUAGACUCAUUAUUUUGAUGUACAGGAAACCCUGAGAUGUGCAAUUGUUUUCAUGAAUUUAAGGUCUUACGCCAUCUCAGGGCAUUUGUUGAUAGGAGGUUUGAUUUGUGGAAGACCAAUUUUCUGAGUGGGAGUGUCUUUGAUUGAGUUUUUGAUGAGGUGGUUGCGUCGGGCACACGACGUUAAAAAUAGCGCUUCUCGGGAGGCAACCCGAGCUUAUUUCUACUUUUGUUUUUUCUUUGUUUGUUGUUUGGUUGUUUUGCUUUGUGUUUUUGUUGCAGCUCAGGGUCUUGUUAUUUGGGUGAUGUGCCAAGGAUUACAUUAACUCAGUUUAGUUCUGCACCGACCAGCGCCAUAGGGAAGUUUCUUUCACUCUUUUACUCACUUGUUGUAAUAAUGACUUGAGUUAUGUUGAACACAUGUGACCCUUUCCUCUUUACCCCUUGUGCAUAGUGCAUUUUUGGUCAUCGAGGGCGAUGCCAAAGUUUAAGUGUGGGGGAGUGAAUUGGGCAUUCGGGCAGUAGUUGUUACAUGUGAUUUGCUAGAGUUAGCAUGCGCAGGUGUUAGUUGUAUAUUCAUAGGAAAUUCAUGCAAAGUUUUUGAAAAUUUUUCUUUAAACUGUGUCUUUGUGAGCUACCUAGCGUUUUGACUAUGCUUUUAAAACAUCUUUGAAGUGUUUAGGCUUAAAUUGCUUGCACUAUAAUCUAGUUGUUGAAAGGAUGAAGGCAUUAGUCACCCAUUGAAUUUUCCAUUAAUCAUCCACCCCACCUAAAAAAAAAAUCCUUUAGGAGAAGCCAUUUUGAGCCUGACCGUUUAUUGUUACCCAAUUAAUUGAGCUCCAUAGCCAAAUGGCCUUUUUCUUUGCCCGUGAAUAUUUCUGACUUAGUCUUGAUGUUUAGGAAAUUAAGGGAUUAAUUUGUUAAGUUUAGGGAAUUUGUGUAGGAGCCAUUUUUGGCACUGUUCCUAUGCCCCAAAUGGGGUAAGAGCAGUCACUUUUUAGGAAUUUGAUACUUUCGAGGAUUGCAUUGUAGGCAUGGAUUCACUUUGAAAUUAAUGAACUUAAAUUGCUAUUUUUCCUUGGUGAGGCCGAGAUUAGAAUAGGGUAAUGUCUAGUGAGAAUCCGAAAGGUGAAAAAUUAAUAUAGCUAGACCUCUUACUUUUCGAAAAAGAGAAUGGGAGCCCCGGUCAAAAAGCGCAAGAUAAGACUUGGGUAUCUUUCGAAAGAAACGGCGUUCUCGUGCCAACAUGACAAGGAAAACUAAACUUAAUCAAUGAACUUGGAGGCUAUUGAAACAUUAGCUUUAGUCCUCCGUGUACUUCAAGUAUACGUCAAAGCACAAAAGUGCCGAGACGGUUUAGCUUAGUUGUACACCAUGUCUACUCUUUGCAUAGGUUUAAAUGAUUGUUCCUAAAUUGUGGCCUACUGAAUUUCUUGUUCCUAAGAAUAACCCUGAAGUUUCUAAAUACAUUAAGUCUUUGUUAGAAUAUUCCUAUCUCUCAAAAUAAAGGGACUAUUAUCAUUAACCAUUCACCAUAACAUUUACAAGUCCUUCUGAUCAGUAGCUAGUUUAUUUGUGUAUGCUAUCAUUACUUUGAGGAUGUUGUGAAUAAUUGUGUCAAAUAGUUUAGCUUGAGUACAAAGGUGUAGUUUAGGGAAGAAUUUUCUUGAUUUAGAUUGUCUGCCCUGUGAAUAUCCCUUUAACUACGUGUGCAUGCUAACUGUUUUAAAUUCUGUGUGGUGAUUAUCGUAAGUCCCGUUGUUCGAUUUGCUUGAGGACAAGCAAAAGCUUAAGUGUGGGGGAGUCUGAUAAGUCCGUAUUUAGACACGCAUUUGAUGCGUGUUCGGGUUGGAUUUUGAUGAUUUUCCUAACUUUAAGGCGAUGCAAGUCUCAAUUUUGGCUCAAGUUGUGUUUAGCAGGCGUUGGAUCGAGUUUCAUUGCAUUUGGAGUUGAUUUGAAGAAGUUAGAGUCCGGCAAUCGGCGCUUGAGAGGCAUUCGGGGAGGAUUUGAAGGCAUUCGAGAAAGAUUUGGAAGAUUUGGAGGCCACCGGGAGAUUCGUGACGAAAUUCUGGUAAAGAAAGAGCAUUUGGAUCGACCUCGUAGGCAUCCGGGAGCAUUCAGAGCAAGAAAACGAAGGAAAAGUGAAGAAUAGGGUCAGGCACGCCGUGCCUAGCAGCUAGGCACGCCGUGCCUGAAGCGUAAAUUAUCCUGGGAGCUACUGGAGGCCAGGCACGCUGUGCCUGGCAUAUUUCGAAGAAAUUGGCUACUGGAAGCCAGGCACGGUCGUGCCUGGCAGCUAGGCACGCCGUGCCUGGACGCGAAAAAACGGAUUCCUUCCGUAGGCACGGUCGCAGGCACGGUCGUGCCUGGCACCGUGCCUGGCCGCGAUUUGUCCUAAUUCGACCCGAAUUCGUUGUUUUCUAUAAAUAAGGCCUUCAUACCCACUUUUGGCGGUUACGAACAUUACGGAGAGGCCUAGGGACGAAUUUAACACCGUUUUUACGCUAUUUUCUUCCAAGACCCUGGGAUUAUUUGUAAGUUCAUCUUUUUAAUUAAUGACAAUUAUUUCUAUUCAUCCCAAUUCUGUUGAUUCUUCAAUUAUGAAUUGUGAGUAGUUUAAUUAGAAAUUUGGGGUUGAUGAAGGGGUUAAUCAUGAUUGAUGGCUAGAUUCCUGUCGGUUUAAUUGCAUGAAUGCCGUUUAAUUUGUGUUUGAAUAAUUUAAUUGAUAUCUCUUGUAACCUAGACUGCAGCUAGAAUUACAAUUGUAUGUAGAAUGAAUUAAGAGAGAUCUAAUUUGUUGUAGGACACAUUCACACACUUAAUCGUUCGCUAAGAGAUUAGUAGCGAUUAAGGGGCCGUAAGCUCGCUCGUCUUGGCAAUAAUUUAGGAUCAUGUCGCAUGAGAGAUCAGUCUGGUCCCCUAAAUUAUUGUACUCUACGCCGCGAGAGCGGUAAGAACUUAGUAAUGAU